AAAAUGUUUUAAUUUUUUUUAACAAGAUUUAAGUAUAUUUUUGAUCACGUAUUCGGAAUUUUCAAGAUGGCGGCCAUUAUUUCGAACAUUCGUAUUUAUUAUAGCUGUACAUUUUAUUAAAAUGUGAAGAUUAGACAUAUUAAUAUUCAUUUAAUGAUGAGAACAUUUAGAAGAAUAGUUUACAAAAAUGUACUGGUCCUACACUCGUGAAGUUAAUGAUCUUUGAUUUAUGGCUUAUUUAUAAGGUUAGACAAAUUUGCCGACACAGUUUUGAAGUAUCACAUACAUUAUUACGAAUUAUUAUUUUUUUAGCAAUUAGUACAGGAAUAUUAUUUAUAUGUAUACACUUGAAUGCCAAUAUUAAUUCAACUACUUGUGAAAAAUACAUUACAAGAAAAGAAUCGAAGGAACAUAAUAAUAGAAUUCUUACUAUUUCUGAUCAUUCUAAAGUCGAAACGGUAUUAUUAAAAGAAGAAAUAUCAAAGUUAAAAAUGAAGGCUUUUAAUCUCGACAAGAUGAUUCAAAAAAUGAAUAUAGAAUUGAGCAACGUUCAGAUGUCCUCGAAAAAAACACAUUUAGAAAUGGCUGAUUUUGUCUCGGAGUCAGUUGGUGGGUCAGUGAUAUCAACGCCAGAUACGGAAUCAUAUUUUGAAUCGAAAAAUACUCAAUUUCAUAUUUUCGGCAUUCCAAUAUGGCGGCCGAAUUAUUUCACGCCGCGAAAAGUAAUACAGCCUUGGAGUCAAGCAGGCGAAUGUUGGGCAUUCCAUGGUUCUCAUGGGAAAAUUGUAUUAGAAUUGGCUGUUCUAGCUACCAUAAGUCACGUGACUAUGGAACACAUACCAGUUAGUAUAUCCUUAACGGGAAAAAUAGAUUCGGCGCCAAGAAAAUUUAUUUUAUUUGGUUAUUACAAAGAUCAAUACAUAUUAAUAGAUACUUUUGAGUACAAUAUUCAUGGAUCAUCAACGCAAACAUUUCUCAUCACCAAACGUGAAAUAUUAAGUGUUCCUUUUAAAAGAGUCAUGUUAGAAAUACUAUCAAAUUGGGGUAAUGAAAAAUACACGUGUAUAUAUCGAUUUAGGAUACAUGGUAAAUCUUAUGAAUAAAAUUAUAAACU